AGACCCUGCGCCACAGCACUCAUGGGUUCGGUUCUGCCCGCGGAGGCGCUCGCGCUGAAGUCCAGGCUCAGGUCUCAGCUGUGUGAGAUCAUCACCUCUGAUAUCCUGCACAGUUUUCUGUACGGCCGAUGGAGGAACGUGCUGGGAGAGAAUCCGUGCGAGGAGCCGCAGAGGACCGCCUUCACCGCCGAGGCUCUCGCGCAGUCCUUCCCCGGAGAGGUGCAGAAGCUGUCGAGUCUGGUUCUGCCCAGCGAGGUCAUCAUCGCUCAGAGUUCAGUCCCUGGAGAAGGUCUGGGGAUUUUCUCCAAGACCUGGAUCAAAGCUGGCACUGAGAUGGGCCCGUUCUCCGGGAGCCUCGUGUCCCCUGAGCACGUGGACCUGCGGAAGAACAAUAACCUCAUGUGGGAGGUGUUUAACGAGGACGGCACAGUGCGCUGCUUCAUCGAUGCCAGUCAGGAGGACCAGCGCAGCUGGAUGACCUACAUUAAAUGUGCCCGGAACGAGCAGGAGCAAAACCUGGAGGUGGUUCAGAUCGGAAGCAGCAUCUUCUACAAAACCCUGGAGGUCAGACACCUUCCUCACAAAGUCUCAUGA